ACAUGGAUGGAGAAGUGUAGUGUCAGAGCUCGGCUCCCCCCUCCCUCCUCCUCUUUCUCCGGGAGCUAUUUGCCAGUCAGCCUCGACGACAGACAGCCAGCCGCUCACUGUCCUGCUGCUGCGCGGUUCCCGUCUUCUCCCUCCGAGCCCCGGCGUCCUUUUUUACACCGUGUGCGAGGAUCUCUGCGGGCCGGUCAACGAGUUUGGUCGCGUCCUUUUCCGGGGGGGAAAAUUUAGUCUCGUCUGUGCGAGUUUUUAUUCUCCAGUUGCCCUUCAAGACGUAUGGAGAAAAUGGCCAGACCUCUUCCACUAAACCCAACUUUCCUGCCGCCGACCCAUGGCGUGCUGAAAUCCCUGCUGGAAAAUCCACUGAAGCUGCCUUUCCACCACGAUGAAGGAUUAGGGAAGGACAAGGAGAAAGAGAAGAAGCUGGACGAUGAGGGCACGGCAGCCAACCACCCACAGUCGGCCUUCCUUGGGCCCACCCUGUGGGACAAGACCCUGUCCUACGACGGGGACAAUUUCCAGCUGGAGUACAUGGACCUGGAGGAGUUCCUGUCGGAAAACGGCAUCCCUGCAAACACAGCCCAGAGAGACCAAACCCCACAGGCGCCUCAGGCGGCGGCGCAGGCCCCACCGCCCGCCCCGCCUACCCCCACCACACCCACGGUGGUGGACUUGAGCAGUCGCGCCACCACCUCAGUUCACACAGGCAUGGCACCUCAGCCCUGCCUUCACAGCCCCACCACAGCAGGUAGGAAUCACAUGCAGCGGAGCCUGAUGUGCACACCUGCGCACCAUCUCGGGACACCCCCCAGCCCCAUCGACCCAGAGUCCAUCCAGGUUCCCAUCACCUACGACCCAGACCCCGCAGACCUGGCUCUGUCCAGCGUGCCCGGCCAGGAGAUGUUCGACCCCAGGAAACGCAAAUUCUCCGCCGAAGAGCUGAAGCCGCAGCCGAUGAUCAAGAAGGCCCGCAAGGUGUUCAUCCCCGAGGACCUGAAGGACGACAGGUACUGGGCCCGGCGCAGAAAGAACAACGUGGCGGCCAAGAGGUCACGGGACGCCCGGCGGCUGAAGGAGAACCAGAUCGCCAUCCGCGCCGGCUUCCUGGAGAAGGAGAACGCCGCACUCCGCAUGGAGGUAGCGGACAUGAGGAAGGAGCUGGGCCGCUGCAAGAACAUUGUGGCUAAAUACGAGGCCCGGCAUGGGCCCCUGUGAGGCCCCCCACCCCCACCCUCUCCGCUCCCCAUUUUCUCCCCC